ACACUUCAUGUAAACCAUGGAAGCCGUUUGGAACACAGCGCAGCUCCUAUUGGGUGUGACAGCGGUUCGGGGAAUCUGUGGGCGUGGUUAAAACUGAGCUGGAACAAAGACGAUCGCUAUUGGCUAGGACUGAGUUUUACAGAUUCAGUGGGCGGGGUUAAAUCUGUGCUGGAUUGGAGGCGCAUCUGCAUGGCGUUUAUCGAUUAGAAAUAGACACAUUAAAUAAAAUACAAGUCUGGAUUAUCGCCGAAAUCGUUCUGUAGUGUCUGUGCGGGAGGAUCAUGCUUGAAAGUGAAAAGCAGGCUGCUUGAGGCUAUUCGCCUUUUCUGCAUACAUUGUCCCCUGCAGAGGUUUGUAAACACACAGGAGGGAAGCGACAGCGCAGCAUGGAGCAGGUGGAGCAGUCAGGAUCAGAGAGCCCCCAACCAUCAUCCAUACAGUCAGACACAUCUACAGCUCCAACAGAGGAAGGGAGCAGUGGAACGAGCACCCGCAGAAAGCGCAGGAAGAGAGAGCCCCGGCCUGAAUCUAUCAUUGUGUACCGUUCUGACACUGAAAGGACCAACGGAGAUGAUCGAAGUGGAGACGUUGAAGUCACAGAGAGAAACCUAGAGGAAGGGGCUAAAUUUCUCACAACCCCAAGUGGGGAAGGAGGCUGGAAUCUACCCCCAGACAGCCGCUAUGUGACGUUAACCGGUACCAUCACACGUGGUAAAAAGAAAGGUCAGAUGGUGGACAUUCAUGUCACACUGACAGAGAGGGAGCUCCGUGAAAUGGCCAAGUCCAAAGAACGUCUGGAUGCCGAGUGUGAAGCAGCAGGAGGAGCAAAGCGCUCGUGUGGUUUUGGUUUAGAUCAGGGCCCACACGUGGUGCUGUGGAGUGUCUCGUGUGCUCCUGUCAUCUUCCUGCUCUCCUUCAUCACCUCUUUUUACUACGGCACACUCACCUGGUAUAACGUGUUCCUGGUCUACAACGAGGAGCGGACGUUCUGGCACAAAAUAAUAGUGUGCCCCUUUCUCAUCAUUUUCUACCCUAUGAUCAUCAUGGCUGUGUCAUUGUCUUUAGCGUUGUACUCAGCGGUGGUGCAGGUGUCCUGGGUAUUCAGUGAGUGGUGGUUUUCAGUUAGGGAUCUAGAAAAAGGAUUCUGUGGAUGGGCCUGUGGGAAGCUGGGCCUGGAGGACUGCUCUCCAUACAGCAUAGUAGAAUUACUCGACUCAGACACAAUUUCUGGGAGCCUGCAGGGGAAAGGUCCUAGUGAGAAUGUGCAGACUUCCUCUGUGUGAGAGCUGGACUCUGAUAAAUGUCCUCUGGGUAUAAACAUCUAUUUGUUAGUCCUGCAACAACAUUCAAUUUGACCAAUCACUGAUCAUCUGAUGUCAUUAGUUUGAAAUUCUCGCUCUUCCCUUACUCAAAUCCUGAAUGCUGAAUCUGUCAGCUUCCUGAUAGCAAGGUUAUUGUGCAGAACUCUAUCAGCUCCUAGAUGUUUGAACCAUUGUCUGUUGAAUCCCAAAGGUACCCAAUUAGUAGUUUGUACCUGAGUGUAGCUAAUUUAAAUUAGCCAAAUAAGAAUGACAACUAUCUUGAGGGUUCAUUUAAUAAAACUUAUGAAACUGGUGCAUUUUCAGGAUUUUUAAUACAUUUUGUAAUGCAUUAUAUUAUUUUUAAAGACACAGCUGUCAUUAAAGACUAACGUUAGUUACAGAUACACUUGGCUAACGUUAGUUACAGAAACACUUGGCUAACGUUAGUUAUAGAUACACUUGGCUAACAUUAGUUACAGAUACACUUGGCUAAUGUUAGUUAUAGAUACACUUGGCUAACAUUAGUUACAGAUACACUUGGCUAAGGUUAGUUACAGAUACACGUGGCUAAUGUUAGUUAUAGAUACACUUGGCUAACAUUAGUUAUAGAUACACUUGGCUAACAUUAGUUACAGAUACACUUGGCUAAUGUUAGUUAUAGAUACACUUGGCUAAGGUUAGUUACAGAUACACUUGGCUAACGUUAGUUAUAGAUACACUUGGCUAACGUUAGUUACAGAAACACUUGGCUAACAUUAGUUAUAGAUACACUUGGCUAACAUUAGUUAUAGAUACACUUGGCUAAUGUUAGUUAUAGAUACACGUGGCUAACAUUAGUUAUAGAUACACUUGGCUAACGUUAGUUACAGAUACACUUGGCUAAUAUUAUCUACAGAUACUCUUGGCUAAUAUUAUCUACAGAUUCUCUUGGCUAAUGUUAGUUACAGAUACACUUGGCUAAUAUUAUCUACAGAUACACUUGGCUAAUGUUAGUUACAGAUACACUUGGCUAAUGUUAGUUACAGUUACACUUGGCUAAUAUCUGCAGAUACUCUUGGCUAAGUCCUCUUAUGAACAAUGUUUCAAAGACAUAUUCUGUGAAGCUAACUGGAGAUAAUAUGUGUAGGCCUUUUUUAGGCCUUCUGCAAUAUUUUAUAAAAUACGCAAUUGGUCCUACAACCUAAAAUUGAAAGAAAAAAAAAAGGAUUAAAUCUGUUAUUGAAGAUGACUGAAUUAUUAUAAGACUCAGUAAAUGUCACACAGCACUGCACUGUGUCUAGUUCAUUAGCAUGUUAUUCAAUGCUAACUGUAAUCAGAAUAGAAACUGCCUACUCUUGCGACCAACAGGAACCCACUGAUAAUAUUAGAUACCAGUGAUGGUUAAAAUGUUGCAUCAGAAAUAACAAAGUGAUGUUGAUCUAAUGAAACUUGCCCUACUUGAAGAAAUAAUGUUCACUGCGUGCAUCUGUGCUGGUAGAUUAGUCAUAAUUGUAUUGAUGGAGUGUGAUUACAUACAGUAUAGGGGUCUUAUUAUUGCUUGUGUAAUGUAGCUAUAUCAGUAUACACCACAGAAAAACCCAAGGAUUACAAAUGAGGUGAAGAGCUUAUGUGAAAUGCUUUAUUUUAAUUAAUUUAGGAGUUUUAUUCAGAGGCUUCUUGUUAAAUCAUUAUUCAAGAUCCUUUGGCAUGUUUUUGUAUUUUUUUCUCCCCCACAGGCAAUUUUCCUUUUUUAUUCCAAUAUUUAUGCUAUUUAUUUUAACUAUUUAUUUGACCUGAUUGUGUCUGUAUAAUCAGCUGUUAUUGCCAGAUCUUCUCCAUGACUACAAUUGAAAAUAAAAGAAAAAUAUGUUUAAAUUAAAGCCUUAUUUUUUGUUAAAGCCCUCUGCUGUAUCAACUUUAUAUAGAAUACUGUUCAGAAAUGUUUAAUGACUGAUGAUAAUGUCUUUUAAAAUAUUAUAAAAUAACUUUUUUUUUUGCACAGAUUGGUUUCCCUAAAGCAAAAAUAAUGUGUUUUUUUGCCUAUUUUAAAUUCUAAAUAAUACUAUGAAGUUAUGAGUUACACUUACUGUUAUUAAGUACAGUAUUUAGGUAAUGUAUCACAAGACAAAAAUUAUGGUAUUUAUUGUAAUCAGUUUUCCUGUUACACACUGAUAAUUGUGCAUGUGUUCCAAGUAUACAAUAUGAAAUGAAAUUAAAUAAAAUUCAUACCUUUUCAUAAAA